UCAACAUUAUUGUCAUGUGGCUGAUUGACAUGUUCAUAUACUCAAUCUGCUCCUGUUUGGAUGCGGAAAUCGAAGACAGAAAUACCCGAGAUGAGUCGAGCAGUCGGAAAUCAAAUCGUACGAGAGUUCUUUUGAGUUUAAAGAACACAUAGAAACAGGAAGGGCGAGGAACCAAGCUUCCUAUGUUAUUACGGUCGCUUCCGCCUCAUUUUGAUAGAGAGCUUUGAACAUUAACUUGAUUAGCUUUAGCUACUAGCUGAUCUAACUCAGGCUUAUUCUUACUGGACUAGUCUUAGUCUUACAAGUUAUAUUACUAAUUAAUACUAUUAGUAUUACUUAGCAUUAAUUUAUCGUAUUACCUAUAGGCCUAAUUAGUACUGGGUUACUUGUUCAAGUUAUUACAGUCUUUUAUUUUUAACUGUUUAAAUUAUCUGUAGCUAUUACUAACUUUAGUGUUAACAUUCUGGAUACAAUAACAUAUUUGCUCAUUACUUAGGAAUGAAUCAGUGAGUGUUAAUGCUGUUUACUUUUCGUUUUUGAUAUAGAACUGCCUUGUAAAUUGUAAGUUGGAACAUAAAUCAAUUUCCACUCUGUGAUUGUGAAACUGAUAUAAUCAGGUUAUAAUCAGUAAAUAUAAAUUUUAAAAAAAGUGUCUGAAAGUAAAACUAAUAGUAAUACUAAUAGGCCAACCUGGGUUAAUAAUUUUAAAUCGGCAUACUAGUUUUACUAGAUUUUGUACGAUAACAAAUUUUGUACUGUACUGUACCAUCAACUUAGUUUUUGUUAGGCCUAUACUGUGCCUAGUAUAACUUAGAACUUGAAGAUAAAACUGUUGCAUUUUGGAUGAAAAUUAGAAUAAUUGCAGUUAAGAUUUAGUUGGACGUAGAAUACUUCAUUUUUUUUAACUUAAAAAUAUUUUGUUAAAGCUAAUACUAAUACAUAUAAUGCUUAUUUUAGCUUGAACUUAAUCAUAUAUUCAGCAUUUGCUAUGUAAUAAUGCAAGUGAACAUAAUUAAUAUACUGAUGUUAGUGCUAAGUUUUUGGUUUUGUGAUGUAAAUAUCUUGAUUGGUGCAUUGUAGUUAUGUCAACAGAAUUUCAGUGCUAAUGUAUAUAUUGUUUUAAAAUUAGUUAACUGUUCGUAGUACAUCUUUAAGUUUAAUUGCAAUGUAGUCUGAACUUAAGUAAAAUUUUGGCAUACUUGUCAUUAAAAACAUUUAAGGUGUAAAAGGCCUAUGGUAAAGCAAAGGCUUGAAUAACAGUUUAACUUGCUUUUAAAUACUGGACUAUUAUAAAGGUGCUACUCUCUUCUAUUUUGUGAUGCUGUUUAUGCCAGUUUGAAAUUGAAUCAGUCUUGAAUUGAACAGAAUUCAAGUGUAAGGAAAAGGCAAAAGUGUUUAUUCCAAUUCACUCUACAGAAUAAUGGCAGGGAGUUUUGAUCCAUAUGAUAAAAACAGUUGGUUUGUUGGUCCUAUGACAAGACAGGAGGCUACAGACCUGUUGAUGGCAGAAAAUGAGGCAGGAAUUUUUAUAGUCAGAAACAGCGCUACUAUACAGGGAGACCUAGUACUGUGUGUCAGAGAGGACAAUAAAGUAAGUCAUUACAUAAUAAAUAAAAUACAGCAAGGAGACCAGACAAGGUUCAGAAUUGGCGACCAAAUGUUUCCUGACAUCCCUUCUUUAUUAAACUUUUAUAAACUUCAUUACCUGGACACUACACCACUCAUACAGCCAGCUGAGAGAAAAGUGGAAAAGGUUAGGGCAAAAUACGACUUUACUGGAAGUGGUGAUGCAGAUGAUUUACCUUUUAAGAAAGGAGAAAUUUUAACUAUAAUCUCCAAAGAUGAAGAGCAGUGGUGGACAGCGAGAAACUCAUUUGGUCAGACAGGCUCAAUUCCAGUGCCCUACAUAGAAAAAUAUGAUGAAAACCAAAUUGAUGGACAAAACUGGCAAGGUUCAGCAACAACAGCUCAGUCAGGAUCUAGUCAGUUGUCUUCAAAUACUCGUAACAGAUAUAAUACGCCAAAUAUACAGAGAAAAUUACCAGCAUUAGCCAGAGUUAAGCAAGCUCGAGUUCCAAAUGCCUAUGAUAAAACUGCCUUAAAGCUUGAAGUGGGGGAAGUCAUAAAAGUCACCAAAAUGAACAUCAAUGGACAAUGGGAAGGAGAGUUGAGGGGCAAAACUGGACAUUUUCCUUUUACUCACGUAGAGUUCAUCGACUCUGAAAAUUCAGAAGAUGAUGAGUCCUAAUUACUUCUAUAGUGAAUGUUUUUAGCACAGCAAGAAAGACUGUGACUUUCUUCAGUGAUGCAAAUAAGACUGAGUGUUAUGUUUCUCAGCAUCAAGCAAGCUUACAUUUUUUUUGUAGGCUUUCAGUUCUUGCCUCCAUUCUUUGUUCACACCAUCAAUUCAACAUUAAGCAUAUAUGUGUUUAUGUACAACUAUACUUCUAUCUUUGGAACACACACACCUUGUAACAAACUUAGCUUUAAUAAUAGUGUUACUAUGUAGUCUUGUGUACAAAUCAAUGGCAUCAUCAGUGACAUAUAAUGAUUGUAUCUUUUGGGAUUUUAUACAUUAUCAUGCUUUUUUUUUUCAUUGUUAAUUUUCUUUUCUUGGUUGUAGAAGAAUUGUUUGAGAUGUACAGCCGGUUGAAAAGUUUAGUUGCUUGCCCUAUAUUUCUGUCAAAAAGAGAGUUGAUAAAGAUCUCAAAUUGAGAUUUUUGAUGAAGCAGAACAUAGCCUAACCAGUGUUUAAGGCAUGUGUGAUAUUGGAUAAGCACUAUAAUCAUUUAGGACAUACAGAUUCAUUUAUUUUCAGUUUUAAUUUUAAGCAGUGCAGGUGUAUGGUUUGUGAAUGUGUGGCAUAGUAGUUGUUUUGAACGUUUUAGUUACUAAAGAUGUGAGCUUAUUGUUUUUCACUCUGUAUAAAAUUAAUUUGUUGAAGUCAGCUGUUAUCCACAAGAAAAGUCAUAUAAGUAUUCAUAUUUCAAACGAAUCAUUUUUAUGUAUCAAUGGACAGAACAUUAUAUAAUUAUUAUAUACAAUUAAUGAUACCCUUUAUGACUAUUAUAUAUUUUUAUGUACAAUGAAUGAAAGUUGUUUUCCAGACUUUUUGAUAUCUUAGGAAAGAAAAAAAAAAUUAAAAGUAGCUUCUGUUUCUUUAAGAAAUAAUUUCACAAAUAUUUCAUAUUUUGUUUGACUUUCUUCUUAUGAGAUGUCGUAACUUAUUUAAUUGAUUAUAAAGGAAGAUCAAAAGAUUUACAUUAUAAAUAAAAAAAAAGAGUAUUAAUUGAAUGUUUUUCUUCAAUGAUGCACUGUAUAUGAAGAAAAACUAAAAAUAUCUUGUGUGGUACAAAGUCUCAGCUAAAUAUCUGAUAACUUAAAGGGAGACAUACUGUAUAUAAUAAAUUGCUAGGAAACCACAUUCAGUGAAUAUUUCUGUUUCUCUUUCUUUCUCAAAAUAUACCAGUAGUAUUCUUCUCUUGAGCUUUAACUUUGUAUCUUAUCAAUAUGCCACCAUUGUCUCCAUAAUAUUAAUAAUUGCAAUAUACAGAACUUGCUUUAAAAUUGGGGGAAAAAAGAUUAAGGGUCAAAAUAUAUUCAUCCCUCGCUGGGACAGCAGUAAGUCUAAGGAUUUAUAAUGCUAAAAUCAGGGGUUCAAUUCCCCUCGGUGUGCACAGCAGAUAGCCCGAUAUGGCUUUGCUAUAAGAAAAACAUACAUAAUAUAUUCAUCUAUAACCAAUUUUCUGGUUAUCCCCUGUUGACUAAGCAAUAAGGCUGAGGCCUUAUAACACUAAGAAUUUGGUUUUGAUACUUGCAAGUGGCAUAGUGGAGAUAGCCCUCUGUGUAGCUAGCUUUGUGCUUAAUAACAAUCUAACAAAAAAAGUUGUUUUCAGUAUUGUUUUGUCGUGGUAGAAUGUAGAAAAGUGAAUGGUCAGUUGUAUUUUAUUUUAUGGAAUUUAAAGUCUCUUUUUUUUUAUUUAUGCUUGUAAAAAAUGAAGAUGCAAUACUAGUGAUCAGGAAAGAAUAAUUGAAUUGUUGUUUUAUUCUCUCUGUAUGCAUUAACGAGAUUCCCACUGUCCCUAUCUAUUAUCUAGCAAAACCACAGCCAAGGGAACUGGCUUGGAAAAUUCAUGUGUGU